AGUCUGGGGGAGACACACCAGGAGGAACUGUCCCUGAGAACGAAAGGCUACAGGACGAUGAAGGUUCUGCGGAGAGGAGGAGCCAAUCACUGAGACAAAGCUGGGAUGGAGCGCUAGGUGGCGACAUGCUGGCAUCAAACAGCGACAGGAAGUCCUGCCCCAGGAGGGAGAGGAGGGUCAGGACCCUGGAGCCCCGGGGGUCUAGAGGGCCCUUCUACUACAUCGGAGGAGCCAACGGGGCCAAGAUCGUGAGCCGGUACUGUGAAGACAAGGGCUGGCAGCGCAUUCACGACCAGCACAGGACAGACUACAAGCUCAAGUGGUGUGAGAUCAAGUCACGAGCCAACUACCACCACUUCAGAGAAGGGCACCAGCUUCUGUACCAGAUCCCCAACAACACGGUUCUGACCUCCAAGAUCGGACUGCUCAGCAGCCUGCGGGCGUUUGAGCGCGUCUCCACCAAAGUCAACUUCCAGGGACUCAGGAGGCUGAAGAUGGAGCAAUUCUUCCCUGACACGUUUCGCCUGGACCUGAGCGAGGAGAGGGAGGCGUUCUUCGCUCAGCAGAACGGUGCGGAGGAUGGACAUCAGGGGGCAUGCGUGUGGAUCUGCAAGCCCACCGGGAUGAACCAGGGGAAGGGGAUCUUCCUCCUGAAGACCCCGGAAGACGUGGCCGGCCUCAGGCUGAGGCUAAAGCAGCAGCAGAGCAGCAAGAGCAACCGGGGGAGAGCAAACAUCCGGUCCCCACAGGCACACAUCGCUCAACGGUACGUCAACAACCCGUUACUGCUGGAGGGAAGGAAGUUCGAUGUGCGGUCCUACCUCCUCAUCGCCUGCACGGAUCCGUACAUCGUCUUCUUUCGCCAUGGUUACGCUCGAUUGACCUGUGACCCCUAUGACCCAAGAUCCAACAAUCUCACAGCCCACCUGACCAAUCAGUACAUGCAGAAGAAGAACCCGAUGUACAGCGUGCUGAAGGAGGACACCGUGUGGUCCAUGGAGAAAUUAAACGACUACGUCAACGACACAUACAGCGUUGCUAAGGGUCUGCCCAGGGAUUGGAUAACGGGCGACUUCACUAGGUCCAUGAAGCAGAUCAUGCUCCAGUGCUUCCUGGCGGUUAAAUCCAAGUUGGACCGCAAAUUAGGCCUGUUUGACCUGCUCGGUUGUGACUUCCUCAUUGACGAAGAGUUUAAGGUGUGGCUGUUGGAGAUGAACUGUAACCCCGCACUGACGACCAACUGUGGGGUCCUGCAGGACGUGGUUCCCAGCAUGCUGGGGGAGACGCUGGACAUCACUCUGGAGAUCUUCAGUAAGCGUCUGUGUGGACAGGAGAUCCUCCCGCUGAUCAGCCAGAGGCACUUUGUCCUGCUGUACAGCUCCCCAGAGCCCCUGACCCGGGCCUCAGGCCCUGGGGGUAGGAGAAGAACCCCGGGCGGAGUCCAACCGAGCAGUACAUCCAAACAGAUCGCCACCACCGCCGCCACCACCACCAAUACCACCCCAGCCAUCCCCAACACAACCGCCCCAACCGCCACCAAGAGGCACGGCCCCGCAGCCCCACGGAGACGCAGUCUGGGGAACACGAACAGAGUGAGGACCUCCUGCGUCUCUGGGACAGAAUCGGAGGAUGUCGGCCACCUGGAUACUUCGAAGUCAAAGUCAAAUCUCCCGGAGACGUCGUCUCCCUCUUCGACCGCUCGCCACGUCCCGUCCCCCAAUGACCCGUGCCCCAUGAUGGCGCUCGAGGUGAACACGCUGUCAUUUCCACCGCAAGAGCUCACCGCAGCCUCUGGCCGGGCAGAAACACUCUCCACGCACGUCUGCGGCCUUCCGCUCAAGUCCUCCCAUUCCCGGGUCGAACUGAGGCUGAACAAAUGUUUAUGGCCGCCGCCGGAGUAUUGCAUCGCGGAGAAGAAGAGUAGGCCCAAGAGAGCGAACUUGGCGUCACUGCCGACAACGAGAGAGCUCGGUGAAGGGACCGGUGGUUCAAAGGAGGAGAGGCCCGGGGGGGCACUGUCUAGCAGCAGCUUCAGGGCCCCACAAACCAUACCCUGCCCACAUCCCGGACGUCCCAUGUGGACAGGAAGUCAGGAGAAGGGGAACGAGGCCAGCGCGGGUGGCGGGAACACAGGUGGCUGUCUUCCCAAUGGGAACAAGAAGGGGGAGCUGCGAUUUUGGAUAUGCAAAUAGGGACGUUACGGCCAAAGAGACGUUUUUUGCUAUUUUUUUUUAAUUAUUUUACUUCUUCGUUUGCGCUUUUUCAGAUCAGCCCUAUAAGAGAUACGGGCUAUGUUUCGUAGAAAGAAAAAGUUGUGCCCUGUCGUACUCAGCAAAUAAUGAGCUAUUACCUAAGACGUUACAACAAAAACUAAAUGAAUAGGUAUACCAUGCCUUGUUGGGUCUGUCUGAAUCCGAUACAAUUUGUCGUGAUGACUACAUCAUACUUCGGGAUACCAAAAAUGAUCUUGUGGCCAUUGUUUCAGAAUCAGAAAUCUAUUUCUAUCUACUCUCGAGUUGGUCACUGGGAAAAGCAUGGAGCAGAUGUGUUGUCUAAGCAGUAACUAACCGCGAGGGACAAUCCACAGAGGGCACUACAUCAGCACGCUGGCAGAGUCCUUUGUGGUUGUGGUUUGUUGGUAUGGGGCCUUGCCAAUAGCUUCCAUAUAUUUCCUUGUUAACUGUCAACACCCCCCGCCCUCAUGUUUAAACACUGUUGAUGCUAUUAAACCCUUAAACAACUCAA